GUUUCCAAUGCUUCCUUGCAUUCUGCAAGACGCUAAAGGCCCCUCAUCAACCUCUCCUGUGUCCGGGAACACCUCCAUGGUAAUCAUUUUUUCAUUUAUUUGUCUUUUGGAGCCGAAGCGCUUUGCCAGAAGUGGUAGAUUCGGCGGGGUCCUGAAGGCUUUUUUGAUGCGGUUGUAGAAGGAUGACACCACACUGAGAGCAUCAUCAAAACGCAAGCAUCAAACAUUCCUGUUUUACACAUUAAUAUAAAAAAGAAACAAAAACAACGAUACCCUGAACUACUUCUACUACAGCGAAAGGAUCGCUUUCCAGCAAGCAGCUGAAGCGCUGUACUCUGAGCAAAUUGUUUAUGUUGUGCCAACACAGGAGAUACUGAAGAAGGAAGCAAGACUUGUGGACCGUGUUUUCCACCUUCAGAUCACUCAAGAGUAAAGCCAUACUCUUCCAGUCACCAAGGAGAAAGGGGAAACACAAAACUAUUUUGACAAUUCAUUUAUUGUCACUCUUUUGGAAGGAUCUGGGUUUGCACACAAACUGUUUUAAUGUUUGGGAUACAGGAGAAUAUACCGAGAGGAGGGACGACUAUGAAAGAGGAGCCGCUGGGUGGUGGAAUGAACCCAGUCCGGUCAUGGAUGCACACAGCUGGGGUGGUGGACGCUAACACAGCCGCCCAGAGUGGCGUUGGUCUGGCUCGGGCACAUUAUGAAAAACAACCACCUUCCAAUCUCAGAAAAUCAAAUUUUUUCCACUUCGUCCUUGCUCUGUACGACAGACAAGGACAGCCCGUCGAGAUCGAAAGGACAACUUUUGUGGACUUUGUGGAGAAGGAUAAAGAACCAAACACUGAAAAAACUAACAAUGGGAUUCAUUACAAACUGCAAUUAUUAUACAGCAAUGGCGUCAGAACAGAACAGGAUCUUUAUGUACGGCUAAUAGAUUCUAUGACAAAACAGGCCAUUAUAUACGAAGGUCAAGACAAGAACCCGGAAAUGUGCAGAGUUCUGCUCACACAUGAAAUCAUGUGCAGCCGGUGCUGCGACAAGAAGAGCUGUGGAAACAGGAACGAGACUCCCUCAGACCCGGUCAUCAUUGACAGGUUCUUUUUAAAAUUCUUCCUCAAGUGCAAUCAGAACUGCCUGAAGAAUGCAGGGAACCCACGAGACAUGCGCCGAUUCCAGGUGGUUGUGUCGACGACGGCCAACGUGGACGGCCACGUGCUGGCCGUGUCGGACAACAUGUUCGUCCACAACAACUCCAAACACGGCCGCAGGGCGCGGCGCCUCGACCCGUCUGAAGGUACGGCUCCCUUUCUGGAACAUGCAGCUACACCGUGCAUAAAAGCCAUCAGUCCCAGCGAAGGAUGGACUACGGGCGGGGCCACUGUCAUCAUCAUCGGAGACAACUUCUUCGAUGGCUUGCAAGUCGUCUUUGGCACUAUGCUGGUGUGGAGUGAGUUGAUAACCCCCCACGCCAUCCGGGUUCAGACGCCGCCCAGGCACAUUCCGGGCGUGGUGGAAGUCACCCUCUCGUACAAGUCAAAGCAGUUCUGCAAAGGGGCCCCGGGCAGAUUCGUCUACACUGCUUUAAACGAGCCGACCAUCGACUAUGGAUUCCAGAGGUUACAGAAGGUCAUUCCGAGGCAUCCAGGAGAUCCGGAGAGGUUACCAAAGGAGGUGCUGUUGAAGAGAGCAGCAGACCUUGUGGAAGCUCUGUACGGAAUGCCACAUAACAAUCAGGAGAUAAUCCUGAAGCGGGCGGCGGAUAUCGCGGAGGCCCUGUACAGCGUACCGCGCAAUCACAACCAGAUACCGUCGCUGGCCAACACCGCGUCUCACGGGGGCAUGAUGGGAGUGGGGGUCAACUCCUUCGGCAGCCAGCUUGCGGUCAACGUGUCGGAGACGUCGCAGGGCAACGACCAGGUGGGUUACAGCCGAAACACGGGCAGUGUGUCCCCCCGGGGGUACAUACCCAGCAGCACCCCCCAGCAGUCCAACUACAACAGCGUCAGCAACAGUAUGAAUGGAUACGGGAACGCUGGGAUGUCCAACCUGGGGGUUCCCAGCUCGCCCGGAUUCCUCAAUGGGUCCUCGGGAAACUCCCCCUAUGGCAUAGCGCCCUCGAGCCCUACGCUGGCGGCAUCCUCGCUGGCUCUCCAGUCAAACUGUAGCAGUGUCAGUGCGCACAGCCUUUUCUCCUUCUCACCUGCCCAUGUCAUCUCCGCAGUGAAACAGAAGAGCGCCUUCGCCCCCGUCGUCAGGCCCCAGGCCUCGCCACCCCCUUCCUGCACCAGCGCCAACGGCAAUGGCCUUCAAGCAAUGUCCGGGCUGGUCGUCCCUCCUAUGUAAACUGCACUUUCCCUUCUCUCCAGCACCACUCUACCGGGGACAUGUUUAACACACACAGAAGAUGCCGGAAGAACCACCGUCAUCACAAAUAAAACCAAGAAUAAUUUCUGUUAUUCAGAAGGAAGAAAAGAGACUUUGUUUCAAAGAUUUUAUUCUAAUUAUUAUGAAUCAACAUGCAAGAGAAUUCAUGGAGAACUCCAUUUUACUGAGUUUUUUUCUGCAUAUUUUCACAUUUUCUCAGCCAAGAAGAAAACAAAAGAAGAAAUGCCUAUUUUGUAUAAAGUUUCUGGUUACAUCUUGACUGUGUAAAAUUCUCACUACGUUUUGGGGAGGAGCUGUGGAUGCACCUUUUUGAUUGUGACAAAAAUAACACUGAUGAAAAAUGCCUCAGAACAUUAUUCAGUUUAAUAGAUUCACAACUACUUGUGUGUCUCUAUAAUGUGAAUUCCUUUUUUUCUUUUUCUAUUUUUAUUUGUGGAAAGACAAAAAGGGGGAGGGCAAGACUAGUGUGAACCGUUGAACUGGAAACAAUAUGGAAUAUAUAAUUUAGAAAACAAAAUGUAAC